ACCAAACGCACAAAAAAACAAAAAUAUAUUUUCAAAUAUAUUCCCAAUAUUCCCUCCCAAUUGACAAUUUCCAAUUGCCGUUUCAAAUUUGCAAAUUUUCAAACUCCACACACACACACACACACACACCCACGAGGACUUUUAUUUUUUUUAUACUUUUUUUGACAAGUGCAGCCGCGAAAAAGGGUGGGAGAAAAAGCAAAUAACAGAUCCCCGUGAGACCAGGGGGAGAGACUUUGUGCGCGAUUCGCGCGCGAUUUGGCAGCAGAGCAACAGCAGCAGCAGCAGCGCAGAAGCGGAUAAGGAUCAAGGCGAAAAGGAUACAGUUAAGGAGCAAGUGAAUCAGUGAACAAUCAAGAGAACUCCUUCCCUUUGCCACAUGCCCGCGCCGCAAUGUGCGUGGUUGCAGCAACCGCAACACUGACAAAGGCCGAAUGCAGCCGCAAGUUAAACAAUAAACAUUAAGGACACAACAAAUAUCCACAGAGAAUACAAACAAGCAAAACAAGUGAGAAACAAGAGAACUUCAGAGAUAGAAGAUAUAGCCCGCAGUUUUCGGGAGCCAAAAGUCGCCCCACCUUUUCUACAAAGGGGGCAUAGUAACAGCCGCCAACAUACGCAAGAAGGUGACCUCGAAGAAGGCCAGCGUUGUGUCGGUUGACGACGAUCACAACAACAAUAACAACCACAACAACGACCACAACGCUCGGCAGGCAACACCAACACUAGCAGCAAUCCAUACAUCCAUCACCACCCCCAGUCGGACACCCACAUUGACACCGAUUGCCACGCCAACACCAACGCCGACACCAACACCAACACCAGCACCCACACCCACACCCAAAUCGGACACAACUGAACAACAGGACUAUCAAAGCAAAAUGGACGACACACAGCAUUUCUGCCUGCGUUGGAACAAUUACCAGAGCAGCAUCACAUCGGCAUUCGAGAACCUGCGGGACGAUGAGGCCUUUGUGGAUGUCACCCUCGCCUGUGAGGGGCGCAGCAUUAAGGCCCAUCGCGUUGUCCUCUCCGCCUGCAGUCCCUACUUCCGCGAGUUGUUGAAGAGCACACCCUGCAAACAUCCGGUCAUACUGCUGCAGGAUGUCAACUUCAUGGAUCUGCACUCGCUGGUGGAGUUCAUAUACCAUGGCGAGGUGAAUGUGCAUCAGAAGUCGCUGCAGUCCUUCCUCAAGACAGCCGAAGUGUUGCGUGUGUCUGGACUCACUCAACAGCAGGCUGAGGAUACGCACAGCCACUUGGCUCAAAUACAGAAUCUGGCCAAUGCCGGAGUGCGUACGCCGCUCAACUCGCAUGCCCAUCCACAUCCACAUCCACACCAUGGCCCGCUGCACGAUGAUGGCGGCGCCUCGACAUUGUUUAGCCGCCAGGGAGCUGGCUCCCCACCGCCGCCACCACAGUCGCUGCCCUCGCAUCUCAACAACCAGCUGCUGAAGCGCAUGGCCAUGAUGCAUCGCAGCAGUGCGGCCGCCGCUGCGGAGGAGACAUCGCACGCGCUCAAGCGUCUGCGCGGCUCCGCCGACAAUGGCCUGCCCCUGGGCAGUGGCAGCAACAACAACAGCCCCGAUUUGCCGCCCAUACAUGCGCGCAGUGCAUCGCCCCAACAGACGCCGGCUGACUUUAGUACGAUUAAGCACCACAACAACAACAACACACCGCCGCUUAAGGAAGAGAAACGCAACGGACCCACUGGCAACGGAAACAAUGGCGCCAGCAAUGGCAACGGCAAUGGCAUCUCAAUCAGCGAUAAACUGGGCAGCCUCACACCCUCACCGCUGGCCCGUGCCGGUGCCGAUGAUCAGGUCAAGUCAGAGCCGAUGGAGCUGGUGUGCUCCAAUAACAAUGCCAAUCCCAAUGAUGAGCACAGCAAUGACUCCACCGGCGAACACGAUGCCAAUCGCUCCAGCAGCGGUGAUGGUGGCAAAGGGUCCUUAAGCUCUGGCAAUGAUGAGGAAAUCGGUGACAGUCUCGCCUCACAUCAUGCGGCACCGCAGUUCAUUAUGUCGCCGGCAGAGAACAAAAUGUUCCAGGCAGCCGCCUUCAACUUCCCAAUGAGCAAUCUCGAUCAUUCAGCGUUGCUUGGUCUCAACACACAAUUGCAGCAGUCCGGUGAUCUUGCCGUGUCCCCACAAGGUGGCAGCACCGGUGGUGGCAGCCUACUCGGCGGCGUCAUAGUGCCCGGCGGUAGUGGCAAUCCUUCUAGUAAUAGUAGUAGCAACAACCAACAACAACAACAACAACAAGUAGACCAACAACAAUCAUCACAACAACAACAACACCACCUCCUCCAACAACAUCAUUCCACACAACAUAAUCCACAACAACAACAGCAACAGCAACAACAACAGCAUCUGCAACAGCAGCAACAACAACAAUUGAAACAAGAGCAACAACAACAACAACAACAACAACAACAGCAGCGCAAUAGCAGCAGCGUUGGCAGCAGCAGCAAGCUACUCGCCCACGAAAGGGAAAGCCUCUCACGCUCCUCGCAUGGCGGCGCCACAGACGGGCAUGUGGGCACACCCUCGCCCUCACCCCAGGCCUAUCACAAGCGGGAGAGAGAGCGCGAGCGGGAGAGGGAGCGCGAGCGGGAGAGGGAGCGGGAACGGGAGCGCGAACGAUCGCUGGACCGUGAGCGGGAGCUUGAGCCGCCGGGCACAGGAUCGGGACCAUCGUCACCGCCGCUGCCACCGCCGCAGUCGCAUCACUCACAUUUCGGACAGCAUCCGCUAUCGCUGUUGCCCAGCCACCAUCAGUUGCAUGCCACGCACCACGAGCUGACAGCCGCCGCCCACCAUGCCCAUGCCCAUGCGCACGCUGCCCAUGCCCAUGCCCUGGCUAGGGCGGGAUCACCGCUCGAGCAUCAUCACUUGCUGCACCACCGACGCGCCUCGCUGUCUCCGUCGGCCGCCGCUGGCAACAGCGGUGGCGGUCGCGGCUCGGCCGCCGUCGGGCCUGGGGGAAGUCUGCUGUCGUCCGUGAGGGCCAGCGAUGUGGCACAGGCCAAUCGGCUGCUGUUGCCCCUGCCGCUGAAUGCGUGCCACCGAUGCGAUGUCUGCGGCAAGCUGCUGAGCACCAAGCUCACACUGAAGCGGCACAAGGAGCAACAGCAUCUGCAGCCGCUGAACAACGCCGUCUGCAAUCUGUGCCACAAGGUCUUCCGCACCCUCAACUCGCUGAACAACCACAAGAGCAUCUACCACCGACGCCAGAAGAACCAUCACUCCUACUUCCAUCAUGGCGCAGGCGUGGGCGGUGUCGGUGUCGGCCAGGCCGGUAGCCCGGGCAGCCGUCUCCAUCAGUCCCUGAGCUCCCUGAGCGCUGCAGCGGCAGCGGCCAAUAACAAUGUGUCAGUGGGUGGCGGCGGUGGCGGUGGUGCUGGCGGCAAUGCGGUGGCAGCCGCCGCAGCUGCGGCCGCCGCUGCUGCUGAGCUUCUGCUUUCGCCCAUUGUGGGUGCAGCGGCUGUGGCCGGGGGCACGGCCAGCUCAACGCUUCAGCUGGCGGCGGCGCACCAGCAGCAGCAGCAACAGUCGUCGCCGGGCAUUGUCAAGCCGUGCAUAGAUUUCUUAUAAGAUCAGCAUCAAUUAUUGCAGCAGCUGUUCCACGUUGCGCUCAACAACUCGGCAGCGGCUGCAGCGGCGGCGGCGGCAGCAGCAGCUGCUGCGGGACCACCGGGCACGGGUGCUUCCCCAGUCGGGGGCGGUGAGCCAUACGGAUCGGGAUCUAGCAGCACACCCACCGUUGACCUCACGCAGCUGGACCAUUCGGGCGGAGGCGGCGGUGGUGCGGGAGGUUUUUCUGCAGCGGCAAUGCAACUCCAUCAGCAGCAGCAGCAGCAGCUCAGCCACCACCUGCCGCCCCAUUUGUCGGCCCACCAGCAGCAGCAUCACCAUCAGCAUCCGCAGCAUCCGCAUUCGCAUCAGUUGUCCCACCAGCAUCCGCAUCAGUUGCCGCAUCCGCAUCCGCACACGCAUCCCCCACACCCGCACCCGCACCAGCAUCAGCAUCAGAAUCCCUAUGAACGUAUGAAUUUAUUAGAUCAAUAAGCGCGGCGCAGAAAUAUAUGCUACAGAAAGGAGAGGACACAACGAGAAGGAUUGGGCACCUACACACACAAACACACACAGGCACACACACACACACGCACACACACCCAACCACCACGCAAAAAGAGCAGAAAGAGAUGAAAGAUGAGCAGAGGAAAGAAGAACCGACCGACCGACACGAAGAGCUAGAAGGAGCAGAGCAUUACGAAAUGAUAACCACCUUCUCCAGGAUCAUUCAUUGAUGAUGAUGAUGCAGCAGCACAAGCGAGAAUUUUGUAGAACUACUACCACUAACACUACCACGUACAUAUGUAUUUCGGAUCUCACAUAGCGGAAAAUUCAAAGACUUUUUCGGCAAGAACAAAAAUACGAAAACAAAGAACAAAGAACAAGAAACGAGAGCGAUAGCUAUAGCGAGAGCGUGUAACGAGAGGAGAGAACAAAAAGAAACAUAAACGAGAGGAAAACGAAACGAAACAAAAACAAAAACAUUUUUAGGCAAAUGGAAAAACUGUGAUUAUUUACGACUUGAUUAUAAAGCAAGCAAAAACAAAAGUCUUUUAUGAUAUAUAUACGCUAUAUACAAUACAUACGAUACAUCUAAAAGAAAAGAGAAAAGGGAGAACGACGACAAGGAGGAGGAACAAGCAUAUACAAAGAGUAGGAAUCGCGCUGGAAUCCUGGGGCAGGAUAAAAACGUAUAGAUACAUAUACAAUAUAAGCAUUUUUUUUUGUGUCGCAUAUCCCAAAUUGGGAUGCGAAUAGAGUGGAUUGGAUGGUCGUUAGAACUAGGCUAGGAGAAAGCAUAAAGGAGAACGGAGCAAAGCAAAAAGGAGUAACAAGGAUACCUUUGGAGCACAUACGGAUAGAAGACUGUUAACCCACAUCCACACACACACAAACAAGCGCACACACACACACACACACACACACACACACACAUGCACGCAUUCAUAUUGAAGCACACGUAAACCCCCUGAGUAUUACCCAACGAGGAUCGUCAGACCGUCAUCAUCCUUCCACUCAUUAUCCAGAGAUCCUUAGAUCCAGAGUUACAGAUGCGGAUGCCAGCCAAGGAUCAUCCCAUCCCCAUCCACCCAUCAAUGUGCAAUGCGCUAAACAUUCGAUCCUUGACCACCCUUUACCAACCCC